GCGCGUGCUGGACGUUUGUCUGUGAUGGGCAGAACCCAGACAAAGCAAAGGCAGCUCAGGAUGCCUUAUGCACGGGAAGACCCGCGUAUGCUCGAACCAAUCGAGAAAGAGGGAGGGCUCGAGGUGUCUUUACCCAGGCGGGUCAGAGCGGGGGAGUACCUCUCUUCAUGGUGGGGCAUGUUGAUGGGCAUGGACAUCUUUGUCUGGAUCGAGUCUGGGUUUGAUGAUAGACGGGAGUGUGCGAUUGUAAGGGUGACGUUGUACGCCUCGCCCUCAUUUUGGAUCGAGUAUGGGAUAGAGUUGGCGCUCGGGCAUGGGAGUCUGCUUGCUAAGCCUUUGAGGGUAGCCGAGGCAGCCACGACAAAGUGGGCGAGGGAAGUGUCUCGUGAUGGGAAAGAGCGAGUACUAACCCGCGCUGCUGUCAGCAUCAUGGCGGGAGAAAGCGGCUUCGCCAAGAUCUUGUUUUGGAGGAAUUCGUGCCUUUUGAAGGCGUUGCUGCACGAAGUGUUGCAGGCGUCAAUGCCCCCAGAUCUCCACGCCCUGCUGUUCCAAGGAAGGAACUUGUCUAGCUUUCUGCGUGACUUUCAGGAUUUUAGCCUUACGAAGAUAUGGGACGAGAAGACGAUGUGGUACAUGCUUCCCGUGUUCGUUUGUGAAGGACUAAGUGAGGAGGUGUACACCCUCAUGUUGAAGUCGCAAACCUGGGAUAAGCUGGAAGCUUCUCUGAAGUUGAGGUUCCCAGAGGAUGGGGUGAAAUGCAGGCUUGGUAAGGGCCCUGAGCAGCUAGCCGAGACCGCGUCAACGGAAGGAGAGCUGAGUGGUAUACAAAGGCAAGUUGGGAUGCUGGAGGAGAGGUUGGCGCGGUUGGAAGAAGCCAGGCGUGGCGAGAGGAAGACCUUCGAAGGAGCAUCUAAUGGACCGGCUGGGCAGGAUGAGGCGGAGGUAAGGGAAGAUCAUCGGGAGUUACUCCUCCACAAGGAGACCCCGAGAGGGCAAGUUUGCGCCCUAGAAAGAGAUGAAAAGGAGGGGGUCAUUGAGAUCAAGGAGGAGCGAGAAUCUAGUAUGACCCUACCCGUUAUUGCGCCGGAGCCGAAGGGAGAGCCCAUUGGUAGAGAGGCACCAUCGGCUGCGGGUCGGGAGAAGCAAAGGAGCUCGAACCUCCAACGUGGGAACAUGCGGGAGCGGCGCCCAUCAGCGGGUGCCAUACCGGCUACGACAGAUAGGCGGUACCGGUUAGGAGGCCAGCCAGUAACAUCGGAGACCGACAGGAGGGGCAACGGGCAGCCCUAUGCUGCAGCGGAUGAAGGAAUCGGGCAGCAGCGGGCGCAGCAGGUGACGGAGGUAGGACCGCUAGCGGGGGAGGGAGAAGCUGAGCGGAAUGCGUUGUGCAACAGCGGGCAGGCGGGGGGUAGAAAGGGGUGGACCCGGGCGCAAGCUCGCGCCGAGUACAUCCAACAGAAGGGUGACCGGGAGUACGACCGGCGAGCAGACGGUUGUGGGGGCGCCGUCGGACUGAUACAGGGGGAGACUGGCGAUGGGUAGUGAGGAGUGGUGCCUGGGACAGGGGUUGCGCCGGGUGCAGGCGGAGCGCAACAAGC